AUUUUAAUCUUUGUUUACCUUUUGAUUCCUGCUUUCUAGAAUAAUGGUAAUAGAGGUUCUCCGAGUAUUUGCGUUCGUGGCCACCUGAUCGGACGCAAAAUGUGCAUUCUGUUCUUCCACGCGAAGAAGGUCGCCUCCCCUGGCAAGUUCCGGCUUAUUCUGGUUUCGAAUCGCGAUGAGCAGCUCAAGCGGCCAACCCGGCAGGCACACUUUUGGACGGAUUUCCCCGAAAUUUUUGGAGGCCGUGAUUUGCAGGGAGGAUCUGCCGUCGGGACCUGGCUCGCUGUCAAUUCCAAGACCGGACGUCUAGCCACGCUGCUCAACUUGCCCUGCUUGCCCACAAAUCCUAAUGCACUCAGCCGAGGACACAUUGUGGCUGAAUUUGUCAAAGACGUGUCGAUCAGCAGUGCAAAUUUUGCAGCCAAAGUUUCAUCCAGAGCCAACCAGUUUAAUCCGUUCCACUUCCUUGCCAUUGAUAUUUUGCCUAGCGAAUUACUCAUCAACUACUGGGCUCACACUGGCUCCGAGGCGCCCUUGAGUUUGAUCGAUCUCUCCCCCACAGAUGAGAGCAACUCCACUCACUCGAUCAGCAACUCGCACCUGCUCACGCCCUUGAACAAGUGCAAGAAGGGACUGGACUUGUUUCAGGAAAUAGUUGCUGACUUGGAUGACACCAGUCGCAAAGACGAGCUUUGCAAACAACUUGUCUCAUUCGCAAAGACUGACACAAAAUUUUGGCCAGACGAAAUUUUGUCUCUGCGUACUGAUCUGGAGCCGCAUCUUGAAAAGUUCAGCUCCAUUUUUGUCGACGUCCCAGAGAAUACCUACGGCACUCGGACGCACACUGUGAUACUUGUUGACGAUGUCGGCAAGAUGGAUUACUUUGAGAGCACUCUGACUGAAAAUGAAGAAGGAGGUCUUGAGUGGCGAGACACGCGCCAAACGUUCGACUUCAAUCAAAUUGCAUGAUGUUGCUCAGAAGCCGUUAGAAAUAAUUUGUGGUAUGUAUAUCCAAAUUUUAAAUGAAAUGUUUUUGUAAUGAAUGGAUAAAUGGUCAAACUUAAAAGAUAAAAUUAUUUUCAUGGCGAAAAAUACAGUAUUUUAGCACUGUAAUGGAUUUAGAUUCAAAAUUUGAUUUUAAUUGAACAGAUCUGAGUAAGAAAAAAUCAAAAUAUGUUUAGAAUAUUAUUUGAAUUAUCUACAAUAUGUAUAUGUAUUACCGUUUCGCUUUUUCUAUUAAAUUGGCCAAUAAAGCCUUGCUUUUAGCGAAACAACUACGUGGUGCUUGCCAUUUUUUUAAUUACGCAAUUUAUUUGUUAUUAUGAAAAGAUAAAAAAUGCAAUUCGGGUCCGUUUAAAUGUGAUAAUAUAUACUAUCGUUUGUUAUUUAUAUACCUUUAUCUUUGUUAAUUUUCGCUCAUGAUAAGUAAAUAUAAAAAUAUCUGAUAAGAAAAA